UUGUGCGGCACACACAGACUAACACAUAAAACUUGUAUAUUGUUCGCCCAGUGUGCCUCAAUUGUAUAAGGGCAUUUAGAAUCCGUAAAAAAAUAUUUUCCAAACAAUGAUGAAUAAGUUUAUUCUUGUAGAGUUUGUUACUCGUGUAAAUUAAAAUACCAACAAAUUCCGCUCGAGGUUAAUAAAAUUCAUAAUUACAUUAUCUGCUGGGCGAUUUUUAUCACGUAAAAUGUUAAUAUCGAAAUGAAGAAACGAAUGAAAAAGAAUCUGGAUAUAAAAGAUUUGAAAACAUGCUUGCUUAAGUAACGCAAAUUCCUCUCCAUUCCUAACAAAGUGGUUUACAAACAUGUGUCCAAAAUAUUUACAAUUGUGAAAUUACAGACGGCCUAAACUCCUAUAUGACAUUAGUAUUCUAGGCACAGACGAAUAAACAUCUAGCGAUAUCUAGUAACGUAAAUUAAAAAGUAAAGACGUAGUAAAAUUAUGAAUAAAAAUAAGCAAUUAAAUUGUAUUUCAAAAAAAUAUUUUGUACUAAACACUUUCUCCUGUAUAAUUUUAAUAAUUAUUUACUUAACAAUGUACAAAGAAAACAUAGAUGAUAUUGCAUCUGACUCAGAAAUGUAUUAUUGGCAAUCGUCGCUGCUGAAUAAUAAUAUAUCCUGCGUCUACAAUAAUAAAUCUGAUGUUCUACCGUCUUUAGAAGAUCACGUACCUCCAGAGAAAUCUAUUUAUUUUAUUGAAACAUCGUGCCGAAACGGAUUAAAUUCGAGAGAAGCGUGCGCAGUGGAAUCAGCCGCGAAAGCUCAUUCAAAAUGGCAGAUAAAUGUUCUUUUUUCCAACGCAAUAACAGCUGAUACAAUGAACAUGAGUUCUUUGACAACUUUAAAAGGAUUCCAUAAUGUAAAACUAAUGAAAAUAGACAUCAAGAAAAUAAAAAAAUUCAGUCAAUUAGCUAACAAAAUUAUCAAUAAAAGUAUAUACCCUGCAGAACAACUUUCGCAUUUACUAAGAUUUGAAACAUUACGGACUUGGGGCGGGGUUUAUUUAGAUUUUGAUGUGAUUGUGGUAAGAUCCUUCGAUUCGCUGCCGAAGAACUGGGUGGCCCGGGAGACUGCCAAUAGCAUAGGUUCAGCGAUACUAGCUUUUGCAAGAGAUGAUGUCGGAAGGAAUUUCUCUGAAGCUAUUUUGAGAGAAAUUAACAGUACAUUUGUACCGAAUGAUUGGUCUUACAAAGGAUCUGAUACAGUAACCAGAGUAUUUCGGAGGAAAUGCACUCCUCGAAAACCUGUGGACUGGUCUGCAAGAACUUGCCAAGACUUCAACGUGUUCGAUCCCACGCUAUUUUAUCCAGUAGGCGAUUUCCAAAGUAAAGUUUAUUUGCGAGAAGGGCAUUUGCGAGUUGGAGGGGUCUAUACACAUCACAUGUGGAAUCAAAAAACUAAAGGAGCCAUUAUUCAUAAGGAUUCACCGUAUGCUAGAUUGGCGCGAAGAUUUUGUCCUAGAAUAUACAAAACGUUUGGCCAAAUGUUUGGCGAGGACGGCAUUUAAUACGUCUAAAUGUUUAUUAUGUAUAUUUCCAUAACAGUGUGAUUAGGAUUUUCUUAAAAAAUAUUUUAUCAUUUAGGUAGGUGGUAACUUGCACGCUGUGUUGAAUUAAAAUUAAAAAGUAUAAACAUGUUAUAACAAUAAGGUACAUUAUUUAAUAGCUCUAUUCUAAAGUAGAACCAGUCUAUUGAAACACGCACGUCGUACCUAGCUAUUUCGGUUGAUUGAAUUCAUAGACUAAUAUAUAAUACUGGAAAAUUGAAUUUAUUUUACACAGUAUAAUAUUUGAAAUUUAUAACACCAUUGUUUUUUUCUCUCACUAUGAUACAGUCGGCCUUAGGUUAUAGUAAACUUGAUAUUGAAAAUAUUGAAUAUUUUUUUACGUUUAUCCUCAAACUUUUAA